AUGAAUGAAACGGUAUGUAAUGAUUUCCAGGCUAUCUCAAAGCUAGUUGCGAUGUUGAACCAGAAGAUCAACGACUCAAAUGAAACUUUGUUGAAAUUGCAUGAAACUGUUAAAUCAUUGGUACCCCAGGAGGUUUAUGAACAAUUUAUUGAGUCGCGAUCCGCUGGGUUGGGUUCGGCGAAAAUGGAAUUGGCGAAAAUGGAAUUGGCGACGCUGACGCUGAGUUUGGGCAACGAGGACGAAAUAUUGAGAAAUUUACAACGGGAACAGUUGCAGUUGAUUAUGGAGUUGCAGAAGCAAGACUUUAUUACUGAAAAAUUGGAAAAUCUAAUUUUGCAGAAUCAAGAAGUUUUAGAAACUAUAAAGGAAUUUUUGAUUCUGCAUGAUAAGAGCCAACAAGAGGAAUUGCAAGAAGCAAGGUAUAGGUUGAAGAGCUAUAUCGAGAAUAGCAUACAGCCUACGCUCGAGCACCUAAAAAGUUGA